AUGAAUAACGCAACAUUGCUUAGCUCGAAUGCUGUCGCUGUGACAUGGGGAAAUGUUGUUUUGGGUCCUGUCGUUCGUGUUCUACUCAUUCUCAUAUCUAUCAGUGCACUGGGUACUUGUAAUGGAUCUCUAUUUAUGAGCGGUCGUUAUUGUAUGGUUGGUGCUCGUUAUGGCUAUCUACCAGAAGUAUUUGCUUGUAUUCAAAAGCAACGAUUGACGCCAUUGCCUGCAAUUGUUCUUGAGGUUGAAGCGACAUAUAACUCUUGUUAA